AUGACAUUCAGACGUCCAAUCCAACGCCUCAAUCUGUCCCGUGACCACGACCGCUAUUAUGAGACCCCAGACGGGGCGCAGCCUAAUCAAGGCGCUAUGUUGUGGAGUAUGGGCGUUUUCCUUCUCACACAGAUAGGCGUGUGCCAAUUCACGACGGAUCCGACGACAACUGACGACAAUACGGUGUCUUCGUUUUACGUGCUCAGCACUGGUGCGGUACCGGCGGCUGUCAUGUUGCGACUGGGAAACUCGACCAUAGACAGCACGAAGUCGUUUAAAGUGCCUCGGCCCUCGGACCGUACUGAAGAUGGGACUUUAACGGCCAAGAUCCUGGAAAUGGUGCCCCACGUGGUCUCAGCGAAGAACACUUACUUCGACCACGACAGAAAGUACGGGCCCACAUUUGAGGACGCGUCCAAUGGAAACGUGACGAAGAUAACCGUGCAGCUGGGCGAGGAUGCCUACUUGAACUGCAGGAUCAGUCUAUUGCAGGAUAAAACGGUUUCAUGGGUGAGACGCAAGGGCAAAGAGGAGUUGCCCGAACUACUGACAGUAGGGGCAGUUACGUACGCAGCUGACAACAGGGUGACGGUCGCGAAGAGAUAUCCGGGAAAUUGGAGACUGCUGAUUAGAGAGGUCAAGCCGGAAGAUGAAGGCAUUUACGAAUGUCAAAUAUCAACGCACCCGCCGCGCGUCAGCCGUAUUUACUUGCAUGUCAAUACUCCGCAAGUGUGGGUAGUAGAUGAGGCGGGGGCGCCGCUUUCAGAGAAGUACUACGAGGCGGAAUCAACGCUCGCACUGGUGUGUAGGGCUCGUCACGUCGACUCGCCUGCUGUGCUGACCUGGAUUCACGAAGGGAGGGCCCUCAACGCCGACACAACUAGAGGCGGCAUCAGCGUUAGGACCGAGCAAGUGCCUGGUGGAGCGAACAGUUUGCUGAGACUCGCGCGCGUCAACAGCAGUGAUGCGGGGAACUACACGUGUGCAGUGCGCGGUGCAAAACCACACACAGUUGCUGUGCACGUACUUAACGAAAGCCUUGCGGAACUUCACGCUGGUGUUAGAGCAUUUAGUCCACCUCCAAGGAGCGUCAUUACUCUCUGGUCACUCAUGACAAUUUUAAGUGGACCAGUGUUUAAUGUUCCAGUGAUAUCAUUUAUAAUGUUAUUGACCUUUCUCUGUACAUUAGACCCCGUGGAAACGGCGAUAGGGCACAUUGUCUUAUUGUUACCCACG